AUGUUUCGAAACUUGGAGAGUACAACAUUGAUUGCAUACAUUUCUUAUGGACGCACAAAAAUCCACCCCCGCCUCGCCGAAGAAGCCGGAAACGAACUAGUCACCGAAUACGUUGCCCUUCGCAAAUUAGGUGCAGACGCGCGCUCUUCAGAACGUCGUAUCACUGCCACCACCCGUCAACUAGAGAGCAUGAUUCGGCUGUCAGAAGCACACGCGCGUAUGCGUUUCUCCCAGCUCGUGGAGUUGGAAGACGUAAAGGAAGCCUGUCGACUUAUGCGCGAGGCUCUGCGCACAAGCGCGACUGACCCAACUACCGGCUUGCUGGAUCGUCGUGCGCGUCCGGGCCUGAAACGCGAGGUGACGCGGCUUGCGUCUGAACUGGGCGCAGGGGGUGCUCGGGCCGUCAAGUGGACGGAACUACAGCGCGAGCUGGCGAAGCAGAGCUCGGUUGGGGUCGAAGCUUCGGAGUUCAACGAGGUUGUGAGGGCGCUGGAGUCUGAGGGUGGGGUGAGGAUUGCUGGGGAGAGGGACAAGAGGACUAUUCAGCUUGCUGGUGGUAACGCGUAG